UGUGGGAUGGAUUAAAUUAAGCACUCCCUCUACCCGUGUGUCUAUCCAUCCCACCGCUCUCUCUCUCUCUCUCUCUCUCUCUCUCUCUGUGCACCGUAUAAAUGCCAACAGCUGAUCGCGAGACGACACACUCACGGGAACACCUCGCGGAAGCUGCAGGAAGAGAGAGAGAGCGAGAGAGAGAGAGAGAGAAAGAGAGAGAGAGAGACGAGGGGAAGAGAGAGAGAAGAGAGAGGGAUAGAGAAAGAGAGAGAGGCCAUGCUGUUGAUCCACCAGCCCGCUGGAGUCUUACUGUGAUGUUUCACCGACCACAGUAGUCGCUGUUGACGGGAAUUAAGGACUAUCUCUGUGGCAAGGAGGCAAGACCAAGGUGUCCGACAUCUUUUUGAAAAUCUUCCAAAAUAUCAACGUUUUUUUUUCUUUUUUUUUCUUUUUUACCCCUCUCUUAUUUUCUUCGCAUCCCUCCCUUCUCCCCAUCAUCCUCUUCUUUUAAGAGGCCCGGGUGCGCUGCGGGGUGUCUUCCUUUUUUUUCUUUUUUUUUAAAUUUAUUUUUAUUUUAUUUUAUUUUACUAUUUGUUUUAUUAUUACCAUUAUUAUUAUUUUGAUAGCUGGUCUUCCGGCGCGCCACCUGCCCGCGAGUGCGGAGAGGCACGAGGCACCCCUGGAGGGAGCUGUCCGGUGCUGAAGUUGCAUUUCUUUCCUUCACUGCACGAGGGCUACACCGGGCAGGCGGAGGAGAGUCAGAGAGACCGGAGCGGACGAGGACGAGGCACCAGAAAUAAGCGAUAACUCUUUUACCGGACCGCGCUUCCUCUUUAUUACGAAGACAAUCUUCCUCCGGGUCGCCCGUCUGCUCGGCGUGUCGCGGGAGAAUCACCACGCUGGCUCUUCCGUCGGCGGUCGGCUGUGUUUGCGUGCGUGUGCUGUCGCUGUGUUUGUGAGUGUGUGUGUGUGUGUGUGUGUGUGUGUGUGUGUGUGUGUGUGUGCGCGCGCGUGUGUCGGUGUGUCACCACCAUGCCAAGGUCUUUCCUGGUAAAAAAGGUGAAACUAGAUGAUUUCACCACCGGGACGGAUUUGGAGAACGUCUACCGGCACAGGACGGACCUCAGCCUGCGGCUACACGACAAAGCCGGUUACAUCAGUGACUACAUCAGCCCCGUUGUGUACGAUGGUGAGAGCGACAGCGGCAUCAAGGUGCCCUCCCCCGACCCUCUCUACGACGGCAUCCACAGCGACUACGGGGCUCCUGACUCCGAGUCUCCAGACAGCCCCAGCUCGGAAAUCACGGAUGGCUACAUCAACGGAGACGCCGCGGUGAGCGAGGGUUACACGGUCGACGCCUUCUUCAUCACCGACGGCCGCUCGAGGAGGAAAGCCCUCAGCAGCCCCAGGACCAUCCAGAGGCACACCUGCAACGAGUGCGGCAAAACCUACGCCACGUCUUCCAACCUGAGCCGGCACAAACAGACACACCGCUCGCUGGACAGCAAGCUGGCAAAGAAAUGCCCGACCUGCGGGAAGGUGUACGUGUCCAUGCCCGCCAUGGCCAUGCACCUGCUCACUCACGACCUCAAGCACAAGUGCGACGUGUGCGGGAAGGCGUUCAGUCGGCCCUGGCUUUUACAGGGUCACAUGCGCUCGCACACAGGCGAGAAACCGUUCGGGUGCGCCCACUGCGGGAAGGCCUUCGCCGACCGCUCAAACCUGCGCGCUCACAUGCAGACCCACUCGGCCUUCAAGCACUUCAAGUGCAAACGCUGCAACAAGACCUUCGCGCUCAAGAGUUACCUGAACAAGCACUACGAGUCCGCCUGCUUCAAAGGCCCCUUCUCGCCCCUCGGCCCCCUAGAUGCAUGACCCAGUACUUAGAUGAAACGAGACUGCAGACCUAAAUUACCAUUAUCCUUACAAACUGAACUGCAGACACAAACAAUAUAUUUUUGGUCAUAAUAUGACCUUGCUUUCCCUCGUCACCCUUCCUCACCUCCUCUCCCCACUUUGCCUCCCUUGGAGCCGAUCCAUGAUGAUGAAUAUGACGAAGAUAGCACAAUUUUUCUCCUUGAGAUUUGCCCACUUAAGGAUUUAACUGAUCGACGCAUGCACUUCCUCAAAAACUCUUCACCUCUUUCGCCCUCUGUCUGUUGCGGAUAGAGGCGUUAAUACUAACACGGCUUGCUCCUGGCAUCUAGACACAGUACGACACCAUGUAUUUUGGGACAGCGAUGAUGAUGAGGAUGGCGACAAAGACAAUAGUAAGCCUAUAGAUACUAGUUUCCUCCCUGCACUGAAACGCAGUGAAAGAGUUUUUCAUUCGAAUUUAGUUUGUUUUGUUUCUUUUUUUUUCUGGGGGGGAAAAUAGUAAUAAUAAUAGUAAUAAUAAUGAUAAUAAUAAUGCUCUGCUGCACCAAGUGACCAUAUUCUCUCCACUACUGAGGUAAAAAUACUAUUUAUUUAUUUAUUUGUGUAUUUAUUUAUUUAUUUGAGCAUUUUGCUUUUUUAUUUCUCAGAAGUUUAUACUUGAUUUGAUAAUAACAAAUUAUCCGUUGCACUUUCAUUUCUGUAAAUGUAUGUAGGAUGUUUGCCAACCUCUUUUUACCACAACAGGCCAAAGCAUAUGUCACUUUUUUGAGUACUAUUUCUUUUUCCUAUUAUGUUGUUUACCUUUUCUUUUUCUCUUAUCAACAUUCUUGCAUGCAAAAAAAAAAGAAAAAAAAAUGAUGAAACCUAUGCCAACGUCAUAAAAAGCUUAUGAUUUUUUGCCAAAAUCCUAUAGAUAGAACCCGAGGGCAAUAUUUUUUUCUCUUGGAGCCUCCAUAGGACUCUUUAAAAGCAAUAAUCACCUACUGCAUGGUAUUUUAUGAUGAAGUUAUGAAGUAUUACCUACUACUGUAUAGCAGUUUAAAAAUCAGGUAUGUUUUACUUCACCUAUAGUCAUACACAGAAAAAUACUAAUAUUACAGACAUCAGGGAACAUGCCAAUGUAGUGUUAGAGAAACAAAAAGAAAAGUCCUCCUGUCUUUCCUCUCUUGUUAUGCACUGCCUGCCUCUUAGUGAGUAGAACUAACGUAGGAUGUAGGCUAGAGAGGCUGGGAUCAGCUGCCUGCUGGGUGUGAGGCCUAUUGUAGGAUAACUGCUGUAUAAACCUGACAGACGUGCAUUAAAAAAAAAAAAAAAAAAAAAAAAGGCCUGCGAACAACAGCCGCAAGGGGCUCUGGAUCAGUCCCCACUCAGAGUGGACCACCGGCCAUUCAGCAAAAAUUAGUGGUUUGUUAAAGGUUUUGAGGUGAUAAAUCUUCCAGUGUCAUGCAGCCAGAUAAUGUAACAACCGUUUAAUAACCCCGAGACCCCCACCGCAUCUAUGUCCUGGUAUAAAUAAGGUGAAAAUAGCAAUUUCAUUGGAGAUUUUCACAAUAAGUUGUGCACCACCUUGAAAUGACAGAAAACCUGUCCCUCUCUAUUCUUUCAAGAGAAACCCAAGGCAAAGUUUGGUGCAUUGUUGCACUUGGACCGAAGUCAACUUUAACUGCAAUGCAUUAUUCAACUUCUCUUCCAGUGCACUUCCAAACCAUAAGGCGUGCAUUUCUAAACCACGGAAAACAAGCAUGCACUUUAGCUCGAUGGUCUGAUCUCAGCUUAACUGUUGCGGUCCCGCACCGUCCAUACGUUAGACAGAGUCCUGAUUAUUCUGCAGUAGGCCCCAUUCAUCCAACCACGGGCUAACUCUAUGAGUGAUACACCUAAAGACAGGCUAACUCUAAUCAACCCAGACCCCGCUACGGAUUUAACAUUUUAAUCUAGGUGGUCAAAACCAGUGUUGCUGAACCCAGUUCUCUGCAGCUCAGAAAAACUUUUCUACAGAUUCAUGGAGCCUCCCAGGAGACAGACCGAGGACACAGAGAUUUGCAAAAAAAAAAAAAAAAAAAAAAUUAAGUGCUUGAUUAUGUUCAUCCGCCACAGUACGUCCGCGCUGUGAGCUUGUAUGGAAACAUACUAAGUGCACAAGUGCACGUCUGCACACGGUGCCUGCUGAUGAGCCAUUAGAGGAGGUGGAGAAGUCUGUGUCUACACUCUGCAGCUGAAAAGAUUUAAUAUUCAGAUGUGAAUCUUUGACAAAGGAAGUUUUGAUAAUUGCAGGGCUUCCUCCGGUACUUACUUAAUUAGAGAUGGGUCUUACUGAUAUCCAGCACCACGUAGGGUUAUAGGGACAAAAAGGACGGUCCAGCUCUGUGGACCCAUUACCUAACACAAUUUACAUCUGGGAGAUAAGUUACAGGACCUGAGCAGCAUCAAAGCCGCCACAGCUGACAGUGUUCAGAAGUCAAACAUCCUACGGUUUGUGAUAAGCGUUUCGUUGACCAGUAAGUUGAUACAAUCUUACAAAGGGGCUUUUUGACAAACAAAGGGAAACAUGAGGUGGCAAUUCUUUUUGUUUUUGUUGUUGUGACUGGGAAAACCAGCCUGUGAGUCAGCGGAAACUGCAGCUCUUAUCUCUGGUGUGAACUGAGCUGCAAUUACUUGAAUCGUAUCUGAUGAUUAGUCAUAGAGCUCAAACUUGUUAGAACUCACAUUUCGGUCUUAUCUGUGAUUUGAAUCCCUGGAUACUCAUAAAAGUCAUACAGGUUGGUGCACAUACACAAGCGCCACACGAAUAUUAGGAGUGCUUUACUGGUAAAGAGACAGUUUAUGCAAAGAGAACCAAAACCUUACUUUUAUAUUUCUUAAAGCAUCUUUGAGACACUGGUCCCUUGUAGAGAUGUAAAUAAUAAUCAGAACAAAAAAACAGUAAUGAUUUCUACUGUGGUGACAGUUUACAAAAGACAUAGACUCGCUGAACAAAGCACUGAGAGAGUCUCUGGCGGCCUCCAGUUAUCGAUGAUUUAUCAUAAAUUGUAUCAUUGUGCAUAAAAACGUUAACUUUGCACUGCAGCCUAAAUGUCUUAAGGGUGUUCAGCAAAAGUUGUUGUGUGGCUGUUUAGCGACUUCAAAGCAGAAAGGACUGGUUGUGAGUCUGUUUGUCGGCGUCUGUCUCUGGGUGAGCUCCAGGUCUGGUCUCUUUAAGCACUUCCAUUCUAGUCAUCUCCACCUUAAAGAAAGUAGCACAAUGAAACUAACUAGAAUUCAGGUAGAGAAGAAUUAAAAACCUUGUACUAGCUUGACCUCUCUUCUUUUUUGUAUUUCCAAGUUAAAGAAUGACGAUUAACCUAAAUAAUCAUUUAUUGCAAGAGGGUUUGUAAAGAAUCCUUUGGAUUGAGACGUUUUUACUGCUGUAUAGCGAUAUCUGACACACCUUAUCUCAGGAGGUUUGGAUCUCUGUUGCAGAGUGAAACCCUCCUGGGUUUUUUUUGAGCCAGUAUUCAGACAAUGUAAGCACAAUGAACACAAAGCAUUUUGUGGCACUUCAUAAUAAAGAAUAAUCUUAACCAAC